UUAACAUUUUUCCGUAGGUAUUUGUGAGCAGUAGUGGAAAAUACAGUGACCUGGGUCAUCCAUUUGGUUACCUGAAGGCGAGCACAACAUUAACCUGUGUGAAUCUCUUUGUUAUGCCUUAUAACUACCCAGUGCUGCUACCACAACUUGAUGAUUUGUUCAAAGUGCACAAACUGAAGCCAAAUAUGAAAUGGCGCCAAACUUUUGAGAAUUACUUGAAGACCAUGCCUCCGUAUUAUCUGUUGCCAUUGAAAAAAGCUCUGCGGAUGAUGGGAGCUCCCAAUUUAAUCAAUGACAAUAGCAUCGAUUGUGGGCUCAGUUACAGUGUCAUUUCUUACCUCAAGAAACUCAGCCAACAGGCCAAAAUAGAGUCAGAUCGUAUAAUUGCAUCUGUUGGGAAAAAGAGCCCACAAGAGUUGGGAAUCAAAGUUAAAAACCAGUCUAGUGUUCUGUCUCUGGCUCAUCGUAGAGACUUCAAGCAGCUCCUGCAAGGAAUUUCUGGGGAAGUGCCCCUCAGGCCCAUGGAACUAAAUAUGAAGGAGUUUGCUUGCUUUCAGAUUGCAAUCCUAAACAAGGAUGUUAAGCCUCAGACUUAUAGGAAUGCCUAUGAUAUUCCUCGCCGGAGCUUGUUAGACCAAUUAACAAGAAUGAGAUCAAAUCUGCUGAAAACAACACAGAAACUGAUCCGUGGGCAGGAUGAAGAUUAUCUGCACAGUAUUCCUGUGGCACAGAUGGGUAAUUAUCAAGAAUACCUGAAACUUAUGCCAUCGCCUCUUCGUGAGAUUGAUCCAGACCAACCCAAACGGCUCCAUACGUUCGGCAAUCCAUUCAAGCAGGACAAGAAAGGAAUGAUGAUAGAUGAGGCGGAUGAGUUUGUGGCAGGACCACAGAACAAGGUGAAACGGCCUGGCGAAUGCAAUACACCUGGAUCACUGAAGAGAAGGCGUAGUAUGUCACCAUUACUACGGCGACCUCAGACUCCACCUAUCAUCAAUCACACUGGAGGAAAGGGGCCUCCUUCAUCUCCAAGUCCAGGAGCUCAAUCCCAGCCCAAUAUUGUAAAGCAUGUCACAGUCCAUAAAGAUAUGAAUAGCAUUCCAUUGGUCGAUGUGAGUGGAGAGAAGAGGAUGGAUGACUGGCAACCAUCAGAGAGAUUAGCUGAAGAUGUCCCAGUAACGUCUCCAACAGAGGGACCUGCGUCAACAUCCUCUCCUGCAAUGGAAAACCUGUUGCCCAGUGACUUUCAGGCUGUCUCUGAGCUCAAUCAUGUGGCUGAGGAUGUACUUGAUCAUAAGCUUGGGACAGAUACAGUUAUGAGAGACUCGGUGGAGAGCCCAUCUGAGACUGAUGAUGAAACAGAUGUGGCAGUAGAAAACAAUCCAGGCUUAUCCUUUGCUGUGUCUGACAGAUUGCAAGUUCACCCAGUGGUGGAGGGUAACAAUGCUGAACUCAGGAUUAGAGUCAUGAAGGAGAUUCGCAAACCUGGUCGAAAUUAUGACAGGCUCUUCAGGUUACUGGAGGAUAUACAAGGACCUUUAGAAAUUCAGAGGAAUUUUAUUCAGAAUACUAUCAAAGAAGCUGCCAGGUUUAAAAGACGAGUGUUAAUCCAGCAACUAGAAAGAGUACUGGAAGAUGUUGUUUCCAGGUCUUUGUCAACACAGAUCAACCAUGUCAACAGCAGAUAGUCCAACUGGAGCACUAUGGACCAAUGAUGUACUUCCCUGUCGAUCUGUGUACUGUGCAUGAACACUGUUAACUUGCUCGCUUUACCCAUCCUGUCACUCCAGCGGCAUUAGCUUCUCUUGGGAAAAGCAUCGUAGAGCAACACCACUAUAACAAGGCCUGUGAACAGAGGCCCUGUUGGAUUGUUGAAGUGUUUACCAAAUUGUGGUGACUAUUGCUUUAGGGAAAAAGACAUGGUGAGCUUUAGAGGUGGGGGAAAAAUCAACCAAUGUCCACAAUCCUCCUCUUUUUAAGCUGAUCUUCAGCUUGUUCUUGUGGAAGCUUUUGUCUAGGGACUUCUGCAUUCAUAGUUCAUAAAUUGUGCCAUUUUCAUUUUGGCACAUUAACCACACACUGGGGGAGAAAAUGUGAGUAUUUUAUUUAACAGGCUAAAAGUUAAAUAUGGGGAGGAAACCAUCUACCUCAGACUCACUUUAUUGUUUUGUCUGCAGACUUGUUGAAGGUUCACUUGUGGCUAAUUCCUCCCAAGUUGUAUUUCAGCCUGUAAGGAGGAUACUGUCUUACUGAGUGCACUUUCCACAAUGUGCUUAGGAAGCACUGAAGUGGAUAUGGAACAUAAUGACCUUUUUAUUGUUCAUACAAGAGGAAUUAUUUUUGAACUACGUUGUUACAAUAAAACACCAAAUUGUCAUAUUUUAACGUGUGAGGUAACUUUUGUAACUUCUAUCUAUUAAAAAUAAAUACAGUUUAUCAUGAACUUUUUUAUUUACACGUGAAAAUGUAUCUAAUGCAUUUUUGAUGGCACUUUAUACCAUUGUAAAACUUUCCUUUUAAUCCUGUUGAUAACAAGCAGUUGUUUAGAAAUGGCUUUCUGUUAUUGUAGUGUAAUUUGAUACUUUUUAAAACUUGUUUGGGGCAAAAAAAACUUUUAAAGUUAAAUAGCAAAGUUCUGAAUGAAUGCUACAAGUUCAGAAAGUCUGAUGGCUCGUGUAAGUCUGUAAGAUUUAUAAAUACUUAAACUCUUUUAAAACGUGUUGUAGCACACUUUACUGAAUGCAUGACCUUGUAUGUUGAGAACUUUUUCUGCUGGCUAUGUAUCGUCUGAUAUAGCUGUGGCUUUUAAAAAGAAUAAGUUCCUGGAUAUCUUUGCUAGUUAAAACAUUUUAGAUCAAAA